AACAUACACGUGUUUAAUCGGAAAAACUGUAAUAAUAACUGGUGCAAAUACGGGUAUACAAAAAAAUAUAUUCAUCAAAAAAUAGUUAAAAAUAAAAAUAUUUUCUUAAUUAUUAUAGGUAUAGGAUAUGUAACAGCCAUAGAUUUAGCACAAAGAGGUGCGAAAGUUAUUCUGGGUUGUAGAAAUGAAGAGAAAGCUCAAGAAGCUGUAAAAAAUAUUAUAAAACAAACAAAAAAUGAAAACGUUUCCUACAAAAUAUUAGAUUUAAAAUCGUUUCAAUCAGUUAGAGAAUUUGCGAAAGAAAUUAACAAAAAUGAAGAUAAAAUUGAUAUAUUAAUAAAUAAUGCCGGUGUAGGAGGUGUUGGAAAUAAAUUAACUGAAGAUGGAAAUCAAAUGACCCUUCAAGUUAAUUAUUUAUCACAUUUUUUGCUUACACAUUUACUUAUUGAUAAAUUAAAAAAUGGCGAUAAAAGCCGUAUAAUUAACGUCUCAUCUGUAAUGGCAAGAUAUGCAAAUAUUAACGUGAAAAAUUUAAAUGAAUACUCCGCGAAUUUACAUCCCGUUUUAGGAAGACUUCGAUUGUAUGCAAAUUCAAAAUUAUGUCAAAUUUAUUUCACUAUAAUUUUGGCGGAAAAAUUGAAAGGAACAGGAAUAUGUGUUAAUGUUUUACAUCCAGGUUCUGUGCAAACCAAUAUUUUUAGAAAAAUUCCCCAAAUUGAAUUUUAUAAAUCAGCAAGAGAUAAAAUUUUAGGUGCAGAGAUUUGGAAUAAAUCCGAGGAAUUAGUUUCAUUAGAACAAGAUGAAAAAAUAUUUUAG